CAGUAAUGAUAGGUCACAAGAUGUAACUGAUGUCAUGGCUGAAGAUGAUUGCUUUGAGGGUCUCUAUCAUUACUUGAAGGUUCUCGGGGAAGGAAGUUUUGGAAAAGCAGUUCUAUAUAGACGAUAUUCUGAUAACUUCUUAGUGGUAUGGAAGGAGGUGAAGCUAAAAAGCGACAAAGAAAUCCAAGCAGCGCAGCAUGAGGUGGACGUUCUGUCCUUGUUAUCUCACCGGAAUAUCGUGGGGUAUUACAACAACUAUGUGGACAGUGAUGUUAUGUACAUUGAGAUGGAGUAUGCUAAUGGGGGCACCCUUAGUCAUCUGAUAUGUGCUCAGCAGCAGUCUUUCGCUGAGGAGGAGGUGUUGUGGUAUUUUUACCAGCUGUGCUGCGCCUGUGUAUACCUACAUUCCAGCGGGAUAAUCCACAGAGACAUUAAAACUGUCAACAUCUUUCUCAACAAGACAGGAAUUCUGAAAGUAGGUGAUUUUGGUAUCAGUAAGAUGUUGACCUCAGACAGCGAGGCUGCUGACUCUAUUGUUGGAACUCCCUACUACAUGAGUCCUGAAAUCUGCAGAGGUUUAACCUACGGCUACAAAAGCGACGUGUGGUCGUGCGGUUGCGUUCUCUACGAAAUGUUGGAACUCCGCAAGACAUUUGAUGCAACCAACCAGCUCCGUCUAGUUUACAGCAUCGUGACAAAAGAGUUCAAGCCUGUAAGCGAGUCAUGGAGUCAGGAUCUGAGGAACAUUCUCACAAGCAUGCUUCAGAAGGACCCAGCUAACCGGCCGACAAUGCAGGAGAUAUUAGACACCCCCUACAUGAAGGGGUGUACAGGUAUACUCGAGAAUAGACUGGGACCUCAGAACUAUGUUCGGGGUUUGUCCCAGUUGUCUCCAGGAAGACAACCAGUUCUCUCCCAUCUCAGCUCGGAGGUGUACAUAUGGGGAGGAGGGAAGACAUCGCCACAAACCCUGGCUACAUUCAAGAAGGAACUGGGUGCAGUGAAAGUUUGUGUAGCUCCAAAACAUUUCUGUGUUGUGACAGUGGAAAAAGAGCUGUAUGUUUGGUCCUCAGGACACCCAGGAGAGAUGUGCGGACAGCUGGGUCACGGAGACAAAGCCAGCUACCGGUCACCCAAACGAGUUGAACACUUGGUGGGUAAUGGUGUGGUGGAUGUUGUGGCGGGAGAUGACUUUACCCUGGCUGUGGUGGAGGAUGAAUACGAUGGGGUUAGAGUACUGGUAGCAUUUGGAAGUAAUUACGACGGAUGUUUAGGGCUGGGAGAAGAGGAAGACAAUAAUUUAGUUCCAGUUCCGAUUCCCUUUUUUAGCGGGGUCUCUGUCGUCAGUGUGUCCUGUGGAGAUGCCCAUGUUAUGGCAACUACUAGUCUCGGAGAAUUGUACGGAUGGGGUAACGGAGAGUACGGUUGUCUUGGAAACGACUGUGAGGACAUUGUUUACAUUCCUCAGAAACUGGAGAUCAGGGGCACAAAGUUUGCGGCAGUUUCCUGUGGAAAACAAUGCUCUUUCGUCAUUACAACUGGUGGUAAACUAAUGGCCUGUGGUGACAACCAAGACAACAAGUUAGGUAUCAACAAAAUAGGGAGGAAAGGUUCUAAAGUGGCUAAGUGCGGGGAGACCUUCACUUUUAAACCUGUCUACGGUCUUUCCUCGGUCGCUAUCAGGGACGUGGCUUGUGGUGUCGAUCACACAGUUGUGAUAGAUGCGUACGACAGGAUCUGGACAUUGGGGUCGAACAAGUGUGGACAACGCGGAAUAGGACACUACAAAGUCUACAGUCAUCCAACCAUCGUCAAGGCAAAAAUUGCCGGUAAGAAGAUAGCACUAAUUUCGGCGGGGGACAGGUUCACAGUGGCAACUACUGUAGAUAAUGAGGUAUACUCCUGGGGAUACAGAAAUCAUGGUCGGUUGGGGGAUGGCAUAAACAACGAACUUGGAAACAGUGCGCGGAACAGUGUUUGUACCCCGACGCCUAUCUUCAGUUCUCUCCACUACAUCCCUGCCUUGUCUAGCAGAGGCUGGUACACUCUUCUAGUGGCUGAACAGGUGAUAUCAGCUCAAUUGAUCGGCGCAUCUGAACAAGGGACCCGUCAGGACUCUAUAGUGUCCGCCAAAACUCCAACCUGGCUUCAUAAUGAGAUGGAACUGUGCGACCAGCAACAGCCUAGGACUCCUAACUUCGGUGGCGGGAAGAUGUUCCGGAACGAAAUGAGUCUGAGGAGUUACGACCACCAGUCCUCCAGCGGUGUUUCUUCCGCAAACAGCCAGGAUCUAGUGACGUCAGAUAGCGGUAAUUCAUCCGGCAGUCAGCAGCUGCCGUCAUCAAAAUCAGUCUCGUCCGCAGCAGCAAACAGCUCCAGUUCUGGUAUCGUUUCAUCAGACAAUGAACCAUCUCAAGCUGAAGCAGUAUCCCAAAACUUAGCGGCUUCCAAACCAACAGACUGUUCAAAACCAGCGCAGAGUAUUGUACCGGACCCAUCCCCUGCCGAAGCUCCUAGUCCUUCUCGAAAUGAUACCCCGCCCACAUCCCCACCUCCUGAGUUCAGAGCUGAGUUCUCGUUCAGCGAGGUUAGGCUACAGGAAGCGCUAGCUAAGUCAACUAGAGCAGACAUAAACUCACUGGCAAGUCCUGAUUCAAGCGGUGGACUAUCAGGACGGGAAAGUCUGCCCACACCUACCCCUCAACUUCAAGUUAUUACAGAAAGUGUCAGUAUGGAGGAGAGGGUUAGGCAGUUAGAGACUGAACUAGAACGGGAGAGACAGAAGAUCAAGGAACGAGAUAAGACUAUUGCAGAACUUGAACAGAAACUCAUGAAGUAUCAGAUUGAUGAACUGAAAGGGGUCAUGGAUUGAUGGAAUAUACAGCUAGGGCUUAUUAGGGUACUAAUUGAUUCAUUUUUAUCGAUCUUAUCAUUGAAACGGACCAGCCAGCUGAGGUUAGAAGAAAACGUUUUCGAGUGUAUAUUUAUAUUAUAUUUAAUCUUCUACCGAUUUGAAAUAGGAAAUUUAUAUUAAAGCUUUUUAACAGGAAGAUGA